CCAGAACCAGGACUGAGAGGAGCAGACUGUCAGACCCUGCUGCAGUAACAUGAGAGGUUUCUAAAGGGAGUCUGGAGCUCAGAGCCUUUUAAACAUGGCUUCAGUUUUAAUACUCUUUACUUUAAAGUUCCAUUCCUGUAGUUGAGUGUGACCUUGUUACUGAUACUAAAUGUGUCUCCUUCUGAAGACAAUAACUCGUUAUAGCAAGUAGAAGGUUAAUGUUAAUAACCAACAAACGCUUCAAUAAUAACAGUGUGUGUGUUGUGUGUCUGCAGGAUUGUGAUUUUGACCCGUUAAAGUACAACGGCGUCAUUGAAUGUGAGAAGCCCAACAACGACCUGAACAGAUUCCGAGGCUACAUACUCCAUCGUAGCGGCAGCAGAGACGUUCUUUACAAAGACAACCUGCUGCUGAGAGGCUGCACCGUCCGCAACACGGAGGAGGCCGUGGGGAUCGUCAUUUACGCAGGUCACGAGACCAAAGCCAUGCUGAACAACAACGGGCCGCGCUACAAGCGCAGCAAGCUGGAGCGUCAGAUGAACGUGGACGUGUUCUGGUGCGUCAUCAUCCUGCUGGUCAUGUGUCUGUUCACUGCCGUCGGUCACGGGUUGUGGAUGUUUCAGUAUGGAGAGAAGAGGCCUGUGUUUGAUGUCCUCGGUCCGGAGGGGACGGACUUAUCUCCCGUCAUGUCGGCCGUUUAUCUCUUCCUCACCAUGAUCAUCGUCUUUCAGGUGAGGAGCCGGAGAGAAGCAGCAAAUCACAGCUGUAUUUACUUCACAGCUUUAUCCUCACAUUUAACCUGGAAGAGCAGAGAAGAAGUCCUCUUCAUCAGAACACUGAACACGACACCUGAAAGCUCUGUUUUUAUUUACAUGUCAGUGACAAUGUCAGUGUGUCACAGCAGCUGAUCUCAGGUUACCUCAGCUCUACAUGAGGAGUGAGUGCAGAGAGACAGACAGACAGACAUGUAGGCAGACAGACAUGCAGGCAGACAGA